AUGCCACCGUGCCUCUUCCAAGCCUUCAAUGACGUGGUGACUCAACAGCCUCUCGCCGCAUCACCAUUCACCUACAAUCAGUCAGCUUCCAUGCCUUCCGUCAUCUCCACCACACCAACAGGUCUAACUUCCACAACAGCGACCGCAACGCUGACAGCAACUACACUGCGUGAGAGGAUACAGGUGUCUUUCGGUGCCUCACAGGAGAAAACAAAUCUCAUUUCAGCGGCUUUUAUCCACCGCCUCAAACAGAGAGUGCAGCAACGGCGAGAGGAUGUAACAAUCAGUAAUGAGAGGCUCGUAAGUGAGGAUGGAUUGUCGUCUUCGUCGGAAGAGGGAGAAGGAGAAGAGGAACGAAUAGAAUUUCAGACCACAAGGCGUUUCAAGCCGAGACGCCCAAGGGCACCCUCCAUCUCUAGAAGAACUCAUCUUCUUUCACAUCAUCGAGGUAGCCUGGGGAGUAACAGCACCACCUCACCCAAACUGACGACCAGCCUAGCGGCACUGUCCCUACGAUCGUCUCCACCGCCACCACCAGCCCCACCCUGCACAAAACGACAUCAUCUUCCACCUCCAACACCUGUGCUGAAGACCCUAUGUCAGGAGGCGGAGGAUCUGCUCCCAAUGACAUCAACAUCUGCCACUUUGACUCCUCCCCUUCCUCCUACUUCCACUUCGUCUGCCUCCUUUAAGAGACGCGUCAACUUUGCUGACACAACUCAAGUGGAUGGGAUAAUCUCACCGACGCAGUCACAAACUCGAUCAUUGGAAGAGGUCGAGGGAGUGGUAAAGAUUAAACCAGCGAUUAAGAAGGCGGAUGUAAAGGACGGGGAUGCUGCGGUGAAUGGAAAACGAUCAAUCUCCCAACGAUCCGUCGCAUUCGUAGACGAAAUCGACUCCAAAUUAUGCAGCAUCGACAAGGAUACCGGAGGGAAAAAGAUGAACUAA